CCAAUGGUCCGUAUGGGAGUUAAAAGUAUGUAUAUGUGACUGUGUGUGUGUGUGUGUAUAUAACUGUAGUAUACUCUAAAUCCCCUCUGGAAAACACGGUAUCUGGUGGUCAUUAUGGGAGUUAAAGCACAAUGACAUUUUGUUGACUUCAUUUCUAUUAGUACUCUGAUUUUAUGUUUUGUUUUUCCUUGAUUGGAUAGGAGUGCUCUGUUGGUUUUCUUUUUUUACUGCUUAUUAUCUUCUUGAUCAUGUUGCUCAGGGAGAUUGUGUUAGGGGUAUCACUCUCCUCUAUUCUUACUUUUUUGAAGUGGUCCAUGGUCUAGAAUUGUAACGUUAGGAAAAUAUUGGGCGCCGUCAUGGGUAAUCAUGAUGCUUCUUGGAAACUCAAGUUCCUUUUGUUUUCUCCGUUUUGUGAUUUCUACAUUUGUGAUUUUAGUUGAUGAAUUGCUCCUUGAAUUGGUUGUUUCCUUGUCCUCUGUUGAUGAGAAGAUUAGAUCACAUUCCUUCCAUCAGGCAAAUCAUCAGGAUACUGCUAUAUUUUCUUAACUUUGCCUUGCUAAUUAUUUACGUCAAACAUUCCUGUGCACUUUGCUUUUGGGACUGUCAGAGGACAUUAAAAGCUGGGAAACUGAACGAGAAGAUUCUGAAUAUGUUUGUGGCAACCGGCAAAGAAGAAAUCCUUUCUGUAAUUGAGGCUCUCAACAUCCAACACAUUCUGCUUCCUGUUCUUCCCACUCGAUGCUCUGAAAAAUUUUGACACCUUCUGACAUUGGGUGAGAGAUGUGACUCUAUAUGCAUAUUAAACCAUCUGAGGAGGACCAAGUUGCUCUUGCUCUUUGAUUUCUUUCAUUAGAAUCCUGAAAUAAUGUAUUGAAUAAGCACUAAGGAUGCCGAAGUGGAGAUUGUGAUCGCUGUUCCCCAUUGUUUUCCCACUUCCACUUAAUAGUUGUAAACGAUCUGGACCUCGAAAAGGAUCUAAAACUCCCAGAAGGGUAUGACAUUAAUGUGUACAAAAUAUCAUAUAUAGAUUGCCUCAUGGACUCGUCAAUGAAUGAUGUUUCUCUCUCUGGCCGCUUUUUCCUGUCUACUGUCAUGGAAAAGAUACACGAUCUCUAUUGAUGAUGACUACACCCCAGCAGGUGAUUGCAACAGAGAUUUAAUCAACACAGCACAUUACCAACCCUCACAACCCUGGAGCCUUUCCGUAAGGGAGCAGAAUUUGUCCAUGGUUAGCCUUUCAGCUUGCCAAGUGGGGUGGCCUGUGGUUUCUCAUGUCAACGUUGGUUAAUUCAGCUAACUAUGAUGCUCCAACACAGGCCCUAAAGCUCGAGGCAAGGAAUUCUAGGUACAUCAAUGCUGUUCUUACAGGACUGUCUCAGUAGUGAACAUAAGUUGCAAGAAUGAGAUGGUGAGACUGGCAUAACUGCUGUCUUUUAUGUUAGGAAAAGAAUGAAAGCUGAGGUGAUAAAUGAUGGAAGACAUAUGGAAUGGAAUGUGUGUCAAGGUUGUCUGGUAUGCUGCUAUGGUGAACUGCAUCGAGCUUUGGAAACGGGUACCAAAUAAGUAGAAAAUCCUGAAAUCAUUAUGAAGGUGAUAAUAGUUUCUUUCUCAUGCGCUGUCUUAUUUUCUGUAUUUAUCUGGGAUUUCUACGAUGUAAAUAACAAACAUUUUGGAGUAUCCCUUUGUUCUCUUCUUCGUUAAGCAAUUCAUAUGCAUCUGGUACUGAUGAGCAGGAAUCUGUAAUUCUUACCAUACCGGUUUGCUCUUUUAUCCGAUUCAUCAUUUCGUGUGACAAUAUACUGUCGUCUACUCUAUUUACUUUCAUUUUCAAGAAUCUAGUGAACUGCACUCAAUCAAGACACGUUGGUUUAACUGGUAUUUGGUGUCUCCUACCACGACCCCUGUAAGAAUUUCUCGUUUACCUACCAAAAUAUGUGAUUUUGUUUUUAAGAAAGCAAUUUUAUUAUCAGUAGAUUACCAACAACUAUAGUAAUUAUCGGUCAAGUUUUAACUAACAAGGGACGUAGGAUUUGGUAUAAACAGAGGCAGUGAGCACAAAACAUGGACUUGGGCAACAAAAUCCAUUUUAGUGCCACAUCUUUCACUACAUCCAACAGGAUGAACAAUCAGUCUAAGUAUUACACAAAGAAGGGACAAAAGUACCUAGGUAUAACAGUCAUAUAAUAGUAAUAUGGACCAUACCAAGGUAGUUUCAAUGACUAAAAAUCCCAAGUGUAAUUUUUACAUAAAGGUCUUGGGUUUGCCUACUCCAGUUUCGAGAUGUUCCGAUCUAAUCUGAUUAAUGAUUCACAUAAAAUCAUAUAGUUUGUCGUGGCUAUAAAUUAUACAGCGUUUGGAUGACAGGUGAAACUUUGGUUACCCUUAUCCAAGAGCUAUAAACAAAAUUUUUUGGUAUUGUUUUCACCAAACUUGAGAGAUUUGAUUAUCUAAAAGCGCGAGUUCUUGGAGUUAUCAAGGAUUAGUAUUUAAGUAUCUAGUGACCAAUAUAUUUUCACUUCAAAUUCCUCACGGCUUCUAUUUCUGCCAACCAAUAUCCAGAUGAUGUCUCUGCAUGCCAAGUUAACGUUCAAAUCAAGGUUGCAUGGGUUGCAAAUUACUAAGCAAAGAAAUAUUUAGAUUAGAAUAUCCGAAUUUUCUCUUCGAUUUUAAUGAGGAAGACGAGGUCUAUAAAUUAGAAGGUACAUUGCUUGUUUGCAAGAAAAGAUUCUUCAUUUUUGCUAGUUUUCGAUAAGCACUAAGCAUCUCUGUUGUGUCAAAAUUUUCUCAUGCGAAAUCGAGUUCGUGCAGCAGAAUGGAAGUCUAGGCUUCCCUCGUUCUUCUUGAUCACUCUUCUUUGUGUUGGUGCUUCUUUGCCCCCAUCACCAGGAGAUCCAGCUUGCAGGUUGGAUUUCAGCACAUUCCCUUACAAACCAAUAGGUGGAUGCACUGAUGUGAAGGAAAGUCUCAAGCACUGGAGUGGCUUCCCCAUAUCAAGCUGCUGCCAGAAUGCCCUCCUCGUUUUCUCCCACGCCUUAGCCAUUCAGGUAAGCAAUGAUCCCACAAGGAAUAUCUUCAUCAGCCAAGAACAGUGGAGUAACUGCAGUGGGCCCUUCCCUCACCAACACAACGUGUCGGUUCAGACCUGUGGCUUUGAUGAUUUCUUCUAUGGUAGUAGCAGAUGCUCGACCCUUCGGCUCUUAGACAUCAAUCACUACAUUGGUCACCAGUGCUCUCAUUUUGGUUCUCCUUCGUUUGAUGAUGCCUGUGGAAGCUGCACCGAUGCAAUUUCAACAGCAUUGGAUAAUAUGAUGAAGAAUCUGAAAAUUGACAGAAGUGAUCCUACUGAGAAAGCUGUCUGUCUGGUUAGUCUUAUCGUAUUUGUGAUAGCUGGGAGAAUCAAUCACACCUCUGCGACUGAUGAUCUCGACAGAUGCUUGCCUGCUUUGGCUGUUCCAGAACCAGUGAACUACAUUAAACUGAACAAAAGCGUGGCUGAAGCUCUGCUGGCAGUGUUUCUGGUGAUGAUCGGGUUAACUGCUGUUAUCACUCUGAUCAAAUACAUAACGAAGAAACAAGAGAAGAAACCUGUUAUGAGCAAAGAUAUCUCAGCCACAUGCUCCGGGCUCUACCGGUUCUCCAAAGCUGAAAUUGACAAUGCAAUCAACUAUGGGAACGAAAAGAAGUGCUUGGGAAGAGGCAGUGCUGGGCAGGUCUUCAAGGGCAUGCUACCGAGCGGACAACUAGUGGCGAUCAAGCAGAUAUACAAGAGUAACACAUCUGAUUCGUUCACUAGAGAGAUCGACGGUCUCUCGAGAGUCAGACAUCCAAAUCUUGUGUGUCUUUUUGGUUACUGCAUGGAAGAUGGAGAACAGUAUCUAGUCUAUGAAUACUGUUCUAAUGGAAAUUUGGCUCAGCAACUUUUGAGGAAGGAUACUGUCCUAACAUGGGAUUUGAGGGUCAAGAUCCUGAGGGACUGUGCAUUUGCUCUCAAGUAUCUGCAUACUCACAUUGAUGGCUGCAUUGUUCACAGAGAUAUUAAGCUGACAAAUAUCCUUCUGACUCAUAACAUGGAACCAAAGCUGUCUGAUUUUGGAUUGGCAAAAAUGUUGGGGAUGGAAGAGAGCAAAGUAUAUACAGAUGUUCGGGGAACAAUAGGUUAUAUGGAUCCUGAAUAUAUGAGCAAUGCCAAACUGACAUGUGCUAGUGACAUCUAUAGUUUUGGCAUUGUCACUUUGCAGCUUUUAUCUGGGCAGAGAGUGAUCGAACUUGACCUGGAUGCAAGGGAUCAGCUUACAAGAAAGGCAAAGGAUGUGAACAUGGGAAAACGACCACUGACAGAUUUCCAAGACCCCAGGAUGAAAAAUGUUAUCAGUGUAGAUUUUGAGUCCAUAUUGCAAAUAGCAGUACUAUGUGUAGCCAGUUCAAGCACGGGUCGCCCCACGAUAGAUCUAGUCUAUGAAGAGCUGGAGAAGGCUUGGGAAAACACACAGCGUGAGAAGAAAAAGAAAGAGCAGAUCUUAUUACCAACAACACCUUCAAAAUCACAAGAACUUAAUCAUGUGUGAUAAACGUUACAUAGCAUGUCUCCAGGCCUUUUUUGAAAACUUGUAGGAUUUCUCUAGACUUCUUGAGAUGUGAACCCAAUAAUAGAAAGAAUGAUGUAAAAAAUGGCACGUAUAGACAGUAUGGACAUAAUAUACCUGUUUUGUAAUUAGCAUGAGCUUUCCUUUCUUUUCCUUUUGAGAUUUCCUCACAUGGUUAUUGAACUUUGGUGAGGAAAA